AUGACACCAGAUAUUUUACCAGAGGGUGACAUCAGAGUAAACGAGGGAGAAGCGUUUACUCUAAUAUGUAUAUCGCAAUUGUACCGACCAGUUCUGUUCUCAAAGGCCGGUGUUGCUGUCCCACCGAGCAGAAUCUACAACGAUUCUACCAUAGAGCUGACAGUGGCCUACUCCAAAAUAACCCACUCUGGUAGAUAUGUGUGUCUUGGGAAAAGAAUAGAUAAACCAGAUAUAUCUUUAGAUGGAAAAUAUGUUAUUGUUACAGAAAGUGAAUCUGUUCUCUUACCGUUUGGUAGAGAUGAAGAAGAUACUCUUAUCAAAGAUUCGACUUCAGUCACUCAACUCAACCUGUCUCAGCCAAUAUACUAUUAUGGUCUACCAUAUUCAACUCUUUACAUUUCUAAAGAUGGUUUAGUGGCAUUUCAUCCUAAAGUUGCAUACCUUCAACAGUUUUGGCGGGAAAAUCCAAGCGAGCACAACCAUCCUUUCAUAGCACCGUACUAUUAUAGUGGAGAAGCUACGAUACCGGCACAGAAAGCAAAACCUGGAGAAAUUUACUAUAGGGUUAUAUAUGACGAUGGGAGUAUCGAAGAAAGAGCACAUUUUUUACACUCGUUAGAGCAAUAUAUCAUGAACAAUGUGGUUGGUGUACGACAGUUCGAGGCAAAAACAGCACUGGUUGUUACGUGGAAAGACGUCACAGAUUCGCCAUCUGCUAUUGAUGGUUGUAUGGAUGAUGAUGGUGUACCAGCUUGUACAGAUACGGAUACAUUCCAGUUGGUUCUUGUUGCUGAUCGAUCCCAAACAUUUGCUAUUUUCAAUUAUCUUAAAAUGGAUUUACUAGAUCAUCAUUUUUACCAGGCUGGAAUGAAUGGUGGCCUGGGUAAUGGAUGGACGGAUGUGUUCUGUGGUGACCGAUGUGGUAGAAUGGAUCUCAAUAUGUUACCAUCACUCUAUGGUAGUGAUAUGGAAGGCAGGUUUAUAUAUAAAGUAUCAGAUGAUGUCAUAGUACGAGGGGGUUGUCUUCCUUUACAAGCCAAAUCAGGUUUAGAGUUCUAUCCACAGUAUGCAAAUAUGUAUGGAGGGGAGAUAAUUGAUAUUUCUGGAUACUGCAUACGACCUGGCCAGUCAGUGAUGUGUAAAUUCGGUGAAGCAGAAGAAACGUCUGCUGUAUCAUUCGUCAAUUCCACGAAACUAAGAUGUCAGGUUCCGCGGAUGACCGAACAUGGAAUGGUUGAUCUUAUAGUCUCAGCUGAUUCUGGUGAUUUGAUUGGCCAAUUUCAUAUUGGAUUAUUUGCAAGAUCAGAACAUCAUAUAAGAAUAUCGAUGGGUGAUCCGACUAUGCUUUGGAAUGAAACAAAUCCAGAAAAGCUGUCAUUUUCCUGGGAUGUACACCCACUAGGAGACGGGAAUGUCCCAGUAGAGAUAAGCCUGUUAGGAUACAGAGAAAGUUAUGACGGGAUCAACUGGAAAGUUAUAGAUGAUUUGGGAAAAGGCACAGUUGAAAAUGGCGAUCAUCAAUUGAUCUUUAACGUAGCUGAUCAUCAGUGUGAUGGUGAUGAUUGCUGGAAAUAUGAAAUUGGUUUACUAGAGGUUGGAAUUUCCCCCAACUCCUGGACAUUGACCAACACCCAUGGAUCCUACUCAUUUGGACCGAUACCAUUGGGAUGGUUUGUCCGAGACUUCAUGAUGAACCAACACGGUGCAGGUUAUUCAGAAAUCCAAUGCCGUGAAUGGUAUGAAAAGGACAAGAAGAAUAUGGAUUGGCUCGAAGAACUUUUAAGCUGUCCUUGUAACCUGAAUCAGGCUGUGAUGGAUUUCGGCAGAUUUCAACCGGAUAUGGGAUGCAAUAUGUAUACUGGAAGCGCUUGCCACUACCAUAUUGGUGCUGUACAUUGUGUCAGAUCAGUUAAUCCAACAGCAUCUGGAGCGGGAAAUCAGUGUUGCUAUGGUAAUGAUGGUAAUCUCAUGUAUUCAGCAGAUUCUUAUAAUGGUGCGACACCAGAUCGAUGUCACGAUUGGGGAGCUCCACCAUUUAAUAAGCCUGAUUAUGUCCCUUCUCUGUCACACUGGAAACAUGACGUCAUCAGCUUCUACCAUUGCUGCCUGUGGGUUAAUUAUGCUAAUUGUGAUCUGUACAUGGAACAAAGGGCGACAAGAGACUGUAGAGGUUACACACCCCCCAAAACAGCAUUUGUGUAUGGAGAUCCCCAUAUUGUAACGUUUGAUGAACAGGAGUAUAAUUUGCCUGGUCGGGGUGAAUAUUGGUUGAUGAAAGAUGAAGGGCUGUCAAUACAAGCCAGAUUUGACAAAGUGACAUCACUUAAUGCAACCGGGCUAGUAGCAGUUGUUGUUCAGGCGCCAGGUGAUAGUAGAAUUGAAGCACGAAUAACUUCUAUGGAUACCGGCAAGCAACUUAAUAUUGUUGUGGAUGGAAAAGUUAGAAAUUUUGGAAGUAUCAUGAGAGGAGGUCAUAAAAUGGUAACUCCAAGCUGGCAAGAUUUUAAUGGUGUGUCUGUAACCAGGAAUCCAUCUUACAAAAGACAAGACAAUCAUGGUAAUUUUACCAUCUUACUGCAGUCAGGGGUCGGUGUACAAGUAGCUGCAGUUGGAAAUCUCAUUUACCUCUCAGUCAUUGUACCUGAUUCAUUUAAAGGCAGAGGUAAUGGUUUGUUAGGAAGUUGGGAUGAUGAUGUAGACAAUGAUUUUACAACCCCUGAUGGUACGAUGGUAGAUAGUGACAGCACGAGAGAAGAUAUCUAUUCAGUGUUUGGACUCCAAUGGGUUGUAACUACGGAUGUAAGUCUCUUCCAAUAUCCCGAGGGCUUUGAGCUGAACUUUAUUCCUUUAUUUGAUGAUCCACCAUUGGCUGAUGGACUGAAUUUUUUCCAAGUAAAACGUACAUGCUUGGAAGAUCCUAGGUGUAUCCAUGACUACUCGCUAACCGGAAGUAUACAAAUUGGGCUAGCUACUCUUCGGACUGUUGGAGUUAUUGAGAGCGCGAGGGAAUCCCAGAAAAAAGUUUUGUCAUGUGGACUGUUGGAUGUGCCGGGUGGUCUUAAAAGUAAUCUGAACUAUACUCUGGGCAGUGCAAUCACGGUGAUGAGUUGCAAUACAGGGGAACUUACUGGUGAUACUAACUACAGAUGUGUACAGACAACAGAUGACGAAGCUUCAUGGGAGCCGGAAGUUUCAGCUUCUUGUCAUGGAGAGGGUGUAGAUGAAGCUUCUGUUGGAAUGAUAGUUGGUAUAGUUCUAUCAAUUCUAGCUGUUCUAGGUAUUGUGACAGCUGUUAUUAUUAUCCUAUAUCGUAGAAGAUCCAGUUCCACGCCGGAUGAAGAGAGUAUUGGUCCAGAAAGAGAAGUAAUGAUGAAACCAAUUCCUAAAACAAGAAAAUCUACAACCGAUGCUGAUACCGAAAGAGGACCAGCCCGACCACGAGCCUCGUCCAAAGAAUCUAUUUAAACUUAGAAACGAUGCAAAGGUAUAUUUCGAUGCAGAACAAAAGUAACGAACAGUAUUCAGCCAGUUUCUCGUUUUAUUGAAUUUAUCAGUAUAUUUUCUAAAAAAAAAAAAAAGGUUGGAUCUGACGCAUGGUUUACGAUCGAUUCCAUUCCGAACCUGCUUCGGGUAGUUGAAACUGAGCUCUAUUGACUGGUAAGGAAAGUAUUAAAGACUUUAUUCAACUAUAUAAGACAGACUGGUACAUAUAGCAGGCAUACGGGGUUUAAUCAAAUAGGACUUUAAUUAAAUAGACCUGGUCAAAACAUUACAUUUUAUAGACAUUUAUUUUUACAUUUUAUAUUGUUAACCAUUUGUGGUAAUCGCGUCAUGGAAUCGAAUAAAUGUUGUCAUGGUUUUCAUU